UUAAUUUAAAGAAAUAAAAACAGGAGAGAAAACCAAUACUAAUGCCGCGUAAAACAGAGGCCGCGGCGGCGCUGCCGGCCAUCAUUCUUCUUCUCUUGUUUUCCGGCGCCAUCGUAUUCCCGUCCUCGGAAGCAGCGACAACAUCGUUUCCUCGAAAGAAUGCCUACGCUACAAUGAUGUACGUGGGAACACCGAGGGAUUACGAGUUCUACGUAGCGACUCGUGUCAUGCUUAGAUCUCUGUCCAAACUCAACGUUGACGCCGAUCUCGUCGUUAUUGCUUCCGCCGAUGUUCCUCCCCGUUGGGUUCAAGCAUUCGAGGAAGAAGAUGGAGCAAGAGUUGUGAAAGUGGAAAACUUGCACAAUCCAUACAGGCAUCAGAAGAGAUUCAAGCUGACUUUGAAUAAGCUAUACGCAUGGAGUUUAGUUGAUUACGAAAGGGUAGUAAUGCUCGACGUUGAUAAUCUUUUCCUUCAAAAAACCGACGAGCUUUUCCAGUGCGGUCAAUUCUGCGCUUCCUUCAUCAACCCCUGCAUCUUCCACACCGGCCUCUUCGUUCUCCAACCAUCCAUUCCUGUUUUCAAUGACAUGGUUCAUCAAUUGGCUGUUGGGAGAUCGAAUCCAGACGGAGCUGAUCAGGGUUUCAUCGGUGGAUAUUUCCCUGAUUUGCUAGAUCAACCCAUGUUUCAUCCUCCUCUUAAUGGUUCCAAACUUAAUGGAAGUUAUAGACUUCCUUUGGGAUAUCAAAUGGAUGCUACUUAUUACUAUCUUCGUUUGAGAUGGAACGUUCCUUGCGGUCCCAACAGCGUGAUUACGUUUCCAGGCGCAUCAUGGUUGAAACCGUGGUAUUGGUGGUCGUGGCCUGUUCUUCCAUUAGGUCUUCAAUGGCAUGCCCAACGUCUUACAACUAUUGGAUAUGGAACAGAGACGCCUCUCAUGUUCAUCCAAGCGAUAAUUUACUUAAGUGUCAUUGCAAUGACACGUUUAGCAAGGCCUAACUUAUCGAAAGUGUGUUACCGGCAGACAGACAAGAACUUCUUCUUGAUUCAAACAGGAUUGAAGUUGGUUGCACUUUGGUCAAUUGUGGUUGCUUACACGAUUCCAUUCUUCAUCAUUCCCACCACAAUCCAUCCUUUAUUGGGAUGGGGGUUAUACUUGUUGGGAAGUUUUGCGCUUGCUUGUAUAACGAUAAACGCGUUUCUACUUCCUUGGUUGGCAGUUUUGGUGCCAUGGUUAAGUAUUUUGGGGGCACUUUGUGUGAUGGCAUAUCCUUGGUAUAAUGAUGGUGUUGUGAGGGCUUUGUCUGUGUUUGGAUACACAUGUUGCUGCACUCCGGCACUUUGGGCUUCGUUUGUAAAGAUUUUGUCUUGUUUACAUGUUUCGCUCGAAAGGGAAGUGUUCUUGCCGAGGAUAAGCGAAUCGACGCAACCAAGUGGUGGAUUUAACAAGUUGUGGACUAGGAAACGUUAGGAUUUGAGUGAAAAAAAUUGAUUAAUUUAUUGUGUACUUAAUUACUACCUUUCCCUGUUCUUUUAUUGGAUUGUUGUAUAGAAAUUGAAACAGAAAUUUGAUAUGAUUGGAUUCUUUAA